GGAUGCCGAACAGUAAACGGAAUAUAGUGUUUAAAGUUGGUUUCAUAAGAUGAGAACAAGAGUGCUGCUGUCUACUGUUCACUAUCACCACUCGCACCGCACUAUCUGUGUUUUCAGAAUGAAACAUUGAUGUUGCCCCUUUUGAAUUGUGCUACGGUUGUGAGAAGACAAGAAGUGUUUGUUUAUUGUCUGUGAAUGAGACUGCGCUUGCCAAAAUACCAAGUCAGAUAUUUUCUCAUUUAAAUGACUGAUCCUGAUCGUGUACUAUUGUCCCCAAAAUCACUUUGUUUUGUACAAAGAUUUGCUUGAAAAGGUUUAAAGGUGUGGGUCCUGGUUAGUAUCCAUUCACUGGCCUACUGCUGAUUCUAGUGUGGUGUUGGAUCGGUGGUGAUCAGCGCCCGCGCUUACCCUAAGUAGCUAAACAUGCUGCUGCCACACACACAAAAUGCAUUUCAUCUGUGCUAAACACAAUUUGAUCAAUGGUUUUACACCCUUUUCUAAGUCAAGUCGAAGCUGCUAUUAGCGAGUUAUAAAUAUUGCCUACCACACCAGUAAAAUGAAAUGAAAAAUCUUAUGAAAUCUCAGACUUUGGCUCGUCUAAUCAUAUCAACUUUUCCAUGUCUUGUUUAACAUGAAUGGUAAUUGCUGAGCUCUUUUGGGAUUUUUUUUUAUUUACUACUAAUCUAAACUGGAAAUUAACAAAGUAGUCCCAACUGUCCAAAGUUGUCCUUCUGUCCUUUGUUUUCAUUUGCAUAUUUAUUGCUGAGGUGACCGUCGUCACAAGACCAGCUGUUUGUUCAGCUCAGACGAAUAAUUCUGAGGUGCUCCGCAGCAGAGAUGUUAACACAAAUCUGUUCAUUUCUCACGUAAGCCUUGGUGCUGUCCGAAACACCUCAGCUGACUAAAGGUUCUGUCUGACUUGCCAGAACAUCAAUCUUCAAUUAACCACCACUAGGUUCUGUUCAGGGUUGCAGGGACCUUUAUCUUCAUUUUUGAAUGAAACUAAGUUUUUUUGUCUGUAUGCUGUUUGUGUUGAGGUAUACCUUUGAUAAGAUGUUACUUUUCUCUCUCUUCCUUAAGUCUUAACCAGCCAUCCUGACUUCUGUUUUGUCCAUGACACAAGUGUGACCAUGAAAAACGACAUGUUUCUCUUUUCUCAGUCACACUGACAUGGUUUGCAGACAUCUUUGCUAAAAUCUAGGUCAGGCCAUGACUAUGUAAGAUAUGUCAUGAAUGUUUGCCUACUUCUAUUUCAUUGCAUAUUUUCUGAAGGUUCUAAUCUGACCUGACUUGUUUAUUUUAACCCAACUGUCCUUUUAUGAAAGUAAAGAGCAGUUCAGGAGUUUUGUUUGUCGUGUCUGACUUUUGCUGUGUUGUAUCCGACCAAAGCUACUCUGAGUUCAUGUGCUUUUUGCUUGUGGUGACUCAUAGAGCUGGAUCACAGGGGUAGAAACCGUGCCUUCAUUUACUGUGGUAAAUGCUGCAUGUUAGCCCUCACACAGUCUUAUUCAGUGACACUGUUUUUCUAGUCAUUCCUGAAUCUUGUCUUUGUUCUCUCAAAUAUGGCAUGCUGCCUUUCUUUUUACCUCAAAACCAGUUUUCAUUGUCCAGGUGCAGGUGACUUGAUGUUAAAAGGAGUAGCAAGUGAUCUCAGAAGGUUUCUCUCCAGAGGCACGUCGGUUUACUUGAAUUUCAUUGGUGACUUUUUAUUGUGAUGAUGUUGUUUCAUGUGGAAGUAUAGAGGCACGUGGGUAUUGAGUAGAUUGUAAACGACAGUAUUCUUGACAGUAGUCUGCAUGUUUAACAGCUUGUAGUUAUUCACAAAGGAACCCACGGGUCCAUCAUCUUACGUCUUUUUUUUUCUAGGUCAGAAUAUUGAUCACAUCUCUGCUGUGCUCCAAAUCUAAACCCGCAACAAUGGAUCUUAUUAAAACGUUCUUGUUUGAGCUACUUCUUUGUGGAUUUUGACUUGUCACAACACAAACCUGUGCGACACAGUGUCAUGUUGUGAUGCUUUUCAUGAACAAACCGUUUCUGUCCUGCUAAUCUUGGUCUUCGAACAUAAGCUUAGGUUGAGUGUCAGUGUUUUUGGGGCAUGCUGCCGCUGACUCCUCAAGUCAGAUACGUCUAGAGUUGUCUAGUGCCCUUGUCUUAGAAGAGCUAUGCAAUCGACAUGUCUGUAUUUGAUAGAACGAGACUUGAAAAACACUUUGAGUAGCGCCUGUGUACGAGCACGUCACGAUGACGAUGUUUUUAAUUGUUUGCAGAUGACGAUAUGUUGUCUGACUGGUUUUGCUAAUGCUUUCAACUAUCCAACAAUUUUGUAGGAGUCCAAGCUAUUUUACACACGUGUUGUUUGCAAGUGAUGGACCGUUUAUGCUCAUAUCUCAAGGAACUGAAGUGAAUCAAUAAAUGCACAUGCAAAUACACGAGUUCUCACAUGCAUUGGUUUGUUUGCAGAUCAUUUUAAAUAUAAAUAAUUGUUCCAGUAUUUGAUAAACAUUCGACACAACAGGUCUGUUUGGAAGGUCUCCAACAAAGGAACCAAAUGUGACGUCAUCACAAGUUGCUGCGUUCUUUCGAAAGAACAUGAAUGUUUAAUUACAUAAUGUAAUUAAAUGACAUUAUGUCAUUAAUUACUUUACUGUAAAAUGAAUGGCGUUUAAUGUAAAAUUACAUAAAUGUCAUAAUUGCUGUUGUGUCUCAGAUCAGUAUCUUGAUAAGUGGAGAUUUAAAUAAAGCUUCUUCCGCAUUAAAAACUGUCCCGAUGACGCGGCCUCUGGAUGAGGCGUGGUCUCUUCUGUGACGUAUGUUCGACUCGCUUUCCCGAUUGGUUGCGUGUGACGUUGAGAUUUGGCGCCACCGUUCUAACAAGAGCUCGGCUGCUCUGACAUAAACCCUCUUAAAUACCGACUGUUUAUGUCGCGUUGGUGAUAUAGUGCCCUGUCUUUUAAGCGUUUUUAAUUUUUUUUUAAUCAGUCAAUACAUCCGCCUCUCUGCGAAAUGUUCGUCUCGGAUAUCCGGAAGGAAUUUUAUGAAGUGGUCGUUCAUCAGAGAGUUGCUCUCCUGGUGGCGGCGGACAUCGACGCUUUAUGCGCCUGCAAGAUUCUCCAGGCCUUGUUCCACUGUGAUCAAGUCCAGUACACACUGGUGCCCGUCACGGGCUGGCAGGACCUUGGCACUGCUUUCCUUGAACACAAAGAUCAGUUUCAGUACUUUGUUCUCCUCAACUGUGGAGCGAAUGUCGACCUCCUGGAGAUGCUGCAGCCUGACGAUGACACAGUCUUCUUCAUCUGUGACACUCACCGGCCUGUAGAUGUGGUCAAUGUGUACAACGACACCCAGAUUAAACUGCUGAUAAAACAGGAUGAUGACUUGGGUGUUCCCUCCUACGACGACAUCUUCAGAGAUGACGAGGGGGAAGAAGAUGAGGACUCAGGAAAUGAGAGUGAUGAAGGAUCGGAGCCGUCCGGCAAACGCAGGCGAUACGACGAAGGGGCUCUGGAGAGGAGAAUAGAGAGACAACGGCAGAAGAGGGAAUGGGAAGCACGCAGGUCAAUAAUGCUGCUCUAUGUGAACACUUGGGAAACACAAAGCAACCAUUUUCAUCCUGAAUAUUUAUCUUCCAGGAGGGAAAUCUUGUUUGACUAUGAGCAGUAUGAAUACCAUGGAACCUCUGCGGCGAUGAUGCUUUUUGAACUGGCUUGGGUGUUGACCAAAGACACAAAGGACAUGUUGUGGUGGGCUGUGAUUGGACUGACUGACCAGUGGGUUCACGACAAGAUCACAAACAUGAAGUAUGUGACCGACAUUGCUACGAUGCAGCGACACGUAUCCAGACACAAUCACCGAAAUGAGGACGAGGAGAACUCCCUGUCCAUCGAUUGCAUGAGGAUCACCUUUGAAUACGAUCUGCGUCUGACACUCUACCAGCACUGGUCUCUGUACGAGAGCAUCUGCAACUCAUAUUACACUUCUUGCAACUUCAAGCUCUGGACUUUAAAUGGUCAGAAGAGACUUCAAGAGUUCCUCGCUGACAUGGGAUUACCUCUGAGGCAAGUCAGGCAGAAGUUCCACUCCAUGGACAUGUCCAUCAAAGAGAACCUGCGGGAAGUAAUCGAAGAGUCCUCAAAUAAAUAUGGCAUGAAAGACAUCCGUGUGCAGACGUUUGGUGUGCACUUUGGCUUCAAGAACCGUUUCCUGGCCAGCGACAUGGUACAUGCCACUGCUGCUCUUCUGGAGAGCACUGAGAGAGACGAGAGCGAUGGUGAUAACUUCAUCAAGGCUCUGGACUCGCUGUCCAGGAGCAACCUGGAGAGGCUUCACUUGGGAAUCGACCUGGCCAAGAAGAAGCUGAUGGCCAUACAGCAGACGGUGGCCAGCUGCAUUUGCACUAACCUCAUUCUGUCCCAGGGGCCGUUUCUCUACUGCUACCUCUUGGAGGGGACGCCUGAUGUGAAGCUUUUCUCUAAGCCCAUGGCACUGACGCUUCUCUCAAAGUAUCUCCUCAAAGCUUUUGUUCAGUCUACCAGGAAUAAACGCUGCAAACUGCUUCCCCUGAUCAUGGCGGCGCCCAAAGACACCGAGAAGGGGACGAUAAUCGUGGUAGGAAUUCCACCAGAGUCUGGAACAUCUGACAAGAAAAACUUCUUUGGCCGAGCAUUUGAGAAAGCUGCUGAAAGUACAAGCUCACGAACUCUCCACGACCAUUUUGACGUUUCAAUUAUUGAGCUGAAAACAGAAGACAGGGCCAAGUUCUUGGACGCUUUGAUCACACUUCUGUCCUGAAGCCACCUCAAGAAGGCACAUUCCAACGUUCAGAUAUAUAUUUUUUAGCUUGUUUUUUAUGUCAAUUGUACAGAUAAUUCAGUUUUAGUCCCAGUACUUUUAUUCAUGUCAGUUCACCUCAUGGAGGCGUGUUUUAAAUGUUU